AGGUACUGAAUGCUUUGUGUUUUUUGUGAUUUUCUUGAACUGGGACUAAAAAAACACACUUUUUUUUUGCAGCACUGCAAAAAGAGGGACUAAAAGACUAUUCGCUGUCCUAUUAUAGUCGCUAUUGGCAUCAUCUGUGGUGCAUCUUACUAGAGUUGACCUCAUGUCAUGGCAAAGUCGCCGGUUUCAAAUUUAGGUGAUCUUUGGAAAAAGGACUCCACAUCUUCUCAUGCACAACGGCCUAGAAGCCCGAAAGUCGAUAAACGCUUCACUUUUCCCGGUACUAUGGUCAAAGAGGACUGGCAAGUCGUAUCUGGUGCAGUAACAGCGCUAUUUCAGCGCAAAAAGCUAGCAAAUGGCGAGUUACUCUCGCUUACAGAGAAAGUACGAGCGGUGAAAACCGAUGUCGGUAACGCGAAAUUGUGCGAACAUUUCAAGGAGAUCCUAGUUAAAGGAAUGAUUAUUCUUCGUGAAGACUUAAAAGAGAAAUCAGGGGAAUUACUGAUGGAUAAGUUAUCUAGUGCGUGGUUGUACUUUUUUAAAUACAUUCUCCCGCUAUUGCAAGCGAUUUUCGUCAAUCUGUACCCGCCGGAUGGGAACUCUGUACGUGAUCUCUCGCUGUUGAGCUUCCGAGAUAUCGUCGUUUUGAAAACCAAGCUUGAGGAAGCCUUCCAAAUGGAGGUGGAAAGUCCACCAGAACUAAUAAGGAUGCUGUUGAUACUGCAGAGUGUCCAUGAUUCCCCCCAGCCAAACAAAAACUACCGCAAACUAGAGACACUUGUAUCUUAUGUAGUUACUCCAUACCUCAGCUCGACUGGACUUCGAAACAAGCCUAUCAUAACCACACCAACAGAUCCAAAGCUUCCUCGGCCGGCGAGUGCAGCUCAGCUCUCUGGCAAGCAAUCAGACAAACUUGACACAGUUCAUGAGGUAGAGUCCAACAGAAGGUAUACUUUCACAAGCUCAGGGGACUCUGCUUGCUCGUCUGUCUUUGGGUCCAUCACGUCAGACUUGAAUACGGCUAGAUCUUCUGUUAACUCCACCAAUACACUUGUCUAGAAAGUUUAGUUGUAAAAACAGCUACUGGUUUCAGUUAAGGUCUAGAACAAUUUUUUCUUAGUUUUCCAUGAUAUGUUCUCUUAUACACCACAAUAUUCAUGACCUUAUGAUCAAAAUUUUGGAGGGAGUUUCAAAAGGUUUUUAUAUUUCACGAACAUCCAGUCCCUCUGAUGCUUUGUGUUCAUGAAGAUAGAGUAUUAGAAGCAUUUUAAAUAAUUAAAUGAGACAUCUUUCACACUGCUUGUGAAUAUUGCUUUGGCCUGGAGCCACAUCUAACCAUUUAGGAAAGAUAAGAUAAACUUGUUAGACAUGAGAGAAAGAUGAAUUACUGUACAUAUAUCAAGCCAGAACUAUUGUUAAACUAAAGCUUUGCCUAAUUAAAAACAUUUUGAUAA